AUACCCCAUCGUACGUAUGAGGCGAAUGGGAAAAUCAAUGAGUGUAUAUGUACAUGUACACAAGCACAAAUAGUACAGAAAUAUUACAGAAAUAGAACACAAUAUUUCUUAGAUUUUAGCAAGUUUUAGCAAGUUUUAGCAAGCACAUGAAAUAAAUUAUAAAAUGUGCGAUACUUUAUCUAAAUUUAUUUGAAUAAGGGAGAAAUGGAGGUGAUUCGGAAUUCUACAUUCUCCAUUUCACUAUAUAAACCCGAUUUUUAAUAUUGCAGUUAGUUAGAGAUAAUGAUAAUAUGACAUCAUUGUUGUUAUCUGUACGCCACGGGAUCAAAUAUUUACCUAUUGUCGAUUGAUUUGAUAGAGUUUCACAGUUUUUUGCAAAGGUAAAUGUGUUCGAUGGUAUAAUUCUGGUUGAAAUGAACAACUUUCGCAUUCCAACGAAAAUCCAAAACCUUGUUAUUGGCGUGAUAGGACGAAGUGGUUAUUUGACCAAUUCUUAAAAAAAAGUUUCAAGUUGUGACUUUUUUCAUAUUUACAGGAGGACCUAGAAGGGCCCCAGUGCCAAAUAAUGGCGACAUAAAUUCUAGAAGGGCGACUUCUGUUGAACGUCAACACAUCGCUUUACUGGCCCUAACGCGUAAUUUUGCAGCGCGGAUUCAACGCAACUCACCUACUAGAAUUCAGAUCACUAUGAACAAUAAUCAGCCCCCAGCACCCCCAGGGGGUCGACCAUAUAACACCUCCACUCCGGCGGAAAUAGCCCAAGCUGCCCGAAUUCUGGAACGAUUAAGAGAACUUCGAACUGCUCGUGCGGCUGGUCGAAGUCCAUACGCAAAUCCUGCAGCAGCAAAUCCUACAGCAGCAAAUCCUACAGCAAGUUAUAUGCAUCGGUUACAUCCCUUCGUUAUGGGGACAUUGUCCCAGCCUCCUCCUCCGGCGAUAAGCCCAAUUUCACGACCAGCAGGCCAAAAUAUUGGAAGGGGACAAACUCUUGCCGAUGUUCGCCAUCAAAGUUCCGUCUUUUCACCAGCACCAAUUCCUACCGAAGUUGCAGAAAUCGACGCCAGCUUUGACUUGGAGGAAUUGCUGACAUGUCCCGUCUGCUUUGAGAUGUGCAGACCCCCAAUUUCACAAUGUGUACAGGGACACAUUCUUUGCUGCGAGUGCAAGCCCAAAGUUAAUGGGAUUUGUCCAGUGUGUCGCCAACAAGUCAUUCCCACGAUGAGGAACAGGGCGCUGGAGAGUGUUUACAAUGCGACAAAGUUUGCUUGUAAAUAUAAAGAUUUUGGAUGUGCGGAAUCUGUGCGGGGGGACAAGUUUCAAGAGCAUGUGGACAAAUGUACCAAAAGAGCGUUUAUCUGCACAUUUGGAAAUGACCACCAUCGGUGUACCCCCACGAGCACGAUGAGAUCAAUUGAUAACAAGCUUGAUCUGCAUUUUAUACAAGACCACUCAACUCCCAGAUUAAAUUCCGGUCAGUAUUGUUCCCACUCGGAAUUGUUGGUUCCAGGAACCCACAUUCCAUUGGCAUGUUGGGACUUUGACGGGAGAACGUUCCUUGAAACCAUGUACGUUACGACGACACACUUUUUCAUAAAUAUGCUCCUCAUUGGGGAAAAAUCCGAUGCAACCAAGUAUGCUGCUGAUAUUCAAGUCAUCAAGACGGGGGUUGACUGUGCUCCGAAUAUUCGGAAAUGCAUCCUUCCUAUCCCAGUACGGUCAAUUCGGAUGAAAGCCAGCGAGCUGCAAAACAUAUCGGUCACCUUUCCCAACGAGGUUUUUCAAAUAACAAUGGCACGACUGGAUAUUUCCGGUCGAUACUGUUGGAUGACUCGGGUGGACCUUAGAGUGCAACAAGCUGGUAGUGGUAUUUCAUCCAUGUCGUCGUCGUCAUCCAACGCGACCUUAGGACAUGAAGCAACACCCCCAAACCCAUCCACCUCCAAUGCUCCCACAAGCACCGAUUCGUGUCAUUGAUCUCCUUGACUGAUUAACUGCCUAAAUAAUUUUAGAUCGAUUCUCGCUACUCAUGUUUCGAAAUGUAGCGAUUAAUACCGUUUUGUACUGAAUAUUAGAUAGUAUAUCCAUGUAUAUAUGUAUGUACAUAUCCACGACUUAGGAUUAGGGUUAUGAACUUAUGAGUAUGAAUUACUAUGAAUUAUGAUAACAUUAAUAUUCGAAUAUAUGUACUCGAAUAUUCCUAAACCGUGUGCGCUGUAGCCACAAAGUGUUCGCCAAUGUGAAAAAGUAUGACUAAAUAAAAGUUAUUAUGAAUUAUUUGUUCCUGAUUUAUAGGUAAAUUUA